CCCAUCAGCUGAGAAUCGUAGCUGGGGGCUCCGGGGCCCUUGGGUGCCCAGGGCCAAAGAAGAAGGAAGGCGAGGAGGUCGGGGUGACUGCUUAGAAAACUGCACAGCCCACCAACUGCUGAUGAAAUUAGCGAGCAAGCCAAUCAAUCAUGUCUUCCACUGCGGGAAUUGGUGGUGACCCUGCCCAGCUGGCCCAGCGUAUCUCUUCCAACAUCCAGAAGAUCACACAAUGUUCUGCGGAAAUACAGAGGACUCUGAAUCAGCUUGGAACACCUCAAGAUUCACCUGAAUUGAGGCAACAGCUGCAACAGAAGCAGCAGUAUACGAACCAACUUGCCAAAGAAACAGACAAGUACAUUAAAGAGUUUGGAUCUCUGCCCACCACCCCCAGUGACCAGCGUCAAAGGAAAAUACAGAAGGAUCGCUUAGUGGCUGAAUUCACAACAUCACUGACAAACUUUCAGAAGGUGCAGAGACAAGCUGCUGAGAGAGAGAAAGAAUUUGUUGCUCGAGUAAGAGCCAGUUCCAGAGUGUCUGGUGGUUUUCCUGAGGAGAGCGCAAAAGAAAGGAAUCUUGUGUCCUGGGAAAGCCAAACUCAGUCUCAAGUGCAGGUGCAGGAUGAAGAAAUUACAGAGGAUGACCUCCGCCUUAUACAGGAGAGAGAGUCUUCUAUUAGGCAACUCGAAGCUGAUAUUAUGGAUAUUAAUGAAAUAUUUAAAGAUUUGGGAAUGAUGAUUCAUGAGCAAGGAGAUGUAAUAGAUAGCAUAGAAGCCAACGUGGAAAAUGCCGAGGUGCAUGUCCAGCAAGCAAACCAGCAGCUGUCAAGGGCGGCAGACUAUCAGCGCAAAUCCAGGAAAACCCUGUGCAUCAUCAUUUUUAUCCUUGUUAUCGGAGUUGUGAUUGUCGGUCUCAUCAUAUGGGGAGUGAAAGGCUAAGGUUGUAAAGGAGCACACUGUUGCACUACAUUAUGUAAAUUAUGUAGGAAGAGUCCUUUAAUUAUGGUGGGUUUUUUUUUGUUGUUGUUGUUGUUUUAUUAUUAUUUGAAACCUGUUGCCUAAAGGAUGUUUCCCAUACUUUGUUAUUUUCAUUUGGGGGGAAGUUUUCUUUGGAUUACAUCUGGUGUUUUCUAAUAUUGAAAGUUUUUCUAAACAUCACUGCUGGCGUAACUUUGAUGCUUUUCGAUCUAAUAAUCUGUUAAGUUUUUGCCCACAUUGUAUAUGCCAUUCACUUAUAAUUUAUUUAUCCUGUUGACUUAGUUUUUGGAAUGAGUAAAUUUACAGCUGUGUGUAUAUUCUAUGUACAUCUCUCUGUCACAGUGUACCAUGUACUCAACGUUUGUGUCACUUCAAUUACAAAUCUUUAAUUUUGAUUUGGGCCAGCAGAGGAGAUAUUGUCAAUAACUUUUAAAAUUAACAUGUAUGUUUGUCUUUGGUGUUUUGUUUUUUUCUGGUUCACAGCAGCACAAAUUGUCUAUUUAACUUUUACUGUUUUUCUCUUAAGACCCUUGCUUAUUCUGAAUGAAACCAGUGAAUAACUUCCUAUUAUAUCUCUUACUCCUAAUGUAUAUAUAGUAAACAUUUGCUGUAGAUUGCCUAGGAAAAUACUAAGGGUAGAUUGUUUUUAUAUAGAUUCUGAGUCUGACAUUUGUUUACAGGGGAUUGUGUGGUCACUAUAAAUGUUUAAUGUGAUUUGAAGGAAGAGUAUAAGAAAUCAGUACCUAUUGUGUUAGAAUUCUAAAGAUCCCAACUUGUUAUUCUGCUGUGUAUUUCCACAGCUGUUAUGAUGGAAAAUUACCUCCCCUUUUGUCCUAUAGAAUAAUGAUUACAUUUGUAUUCUUGGGUCAAGAUUGCUUUUGGGAAGUACCUUUCCCACAGUUACUGUCUUUGAACACCUAACCCUUAAAAUUCUGUUUCCCUUGCAUACCAUUUUGUACCAUCCUUCAUUAGAAAAGGAAUUGGAUGUUUGCCAAUUAACUUGCCUUUUUUUAAUCAAUGUUGUUUUAAUGCACUAAUCCUGAAUACUGUAAGAUUGUCUUAGGUUAUAGUUUGUAUUUUAUAAUAUUCUUACAUAGCGGUUUGAUAGUGCAGGCAAUGUUUUACAUGGCAAGCUAUGAGACCUCAGAUGGGAACAGAUAAAAUAUUAAGUAACUAAGUAAAUUGUAUCUUUGCAACCAAAAUAAAG